AUGUCAGCUGGAACAGUGGUCAUCACAGGUGGAAUCUUAGCUGCCCUCAUCUUGCUGACUAUUGUUACGUUCCUGUGUUACUGUAGGCUGCAGUAUUACUGCUGUAGACGGGAAGAAUCGGAGGGGGGGGAGGAGGAGGAGGCUGACGUCACCAAGGCAUCUCUGAGUCCACCGCGACAAUCGAGCCCACCCGAGAGUCCGCUGAGCCUUCAUCCCUUCCCCGAAUACGCCUCCUCCAAUCAGCUUCUAAUGACAGCCGAGCCUUUCGAAUCCAAUGGACCACUCAGCUAUCCUCAAUACACCCCACGGAUGCCCUACAGGCCCAGCCGCUCUUACACUUUCUGCCCGUCUUGCUCUGGAUAUCAGCCGCUUUACGUGAGCCCUCAGGAGGGCCUGCGUAAUGGAGGCGGCAGGAUCUCCUACAGGACUCAGGAGGAAUUGGACCUGCCCAUGGACACGGCCAGCUUAACCAAACUCAACCUCUUCCGCUCACUUACCAUGCAGGACAUUCUGACCCAUCCCAGCAUCAGCACUGAUGUGUAG